CGGCAGCCCCACAGCAAAACCCCUCUUCUUCCAGCGCAUGGACCUGGACCGCAGGCGGGAGGAGGCGCGAAACCCCAAGCGCAAACCGCGCCUGAUGGAGGAGGAUGAGCUGCCGUCUUGGAUCAUCAAGGAUGAUGCCGAGGUGGAGAGGUUGACGUGUGAGGAGGAGGAGGAAAAGAUGUUUGGGCGAGGCUCGCGGCACCGUAAGGAGGUGGACUACAGCGACUCGCUGACGGAAAAGCAGUGGCUCAAGGCGAUCGAGGAGGGCACGCUGGAGGGGAUCGAGGAGGAGGUGCGCCAGAAAAAAUCCUCCCGUAAACGCAAGCGGGACACAGACGUCGGCUCCGCCACUCCCACCACCAGCACCCGCAGCCGGGAUAAGGAUGAUGAUAGCAAAAAGCAGAAGAAGCGCGGCAGGCCGCCGGCGGAGAAACUCUCCCCAAACCCCCCCAACCUCACCAAAAAAAUGAAGAAGAUCGUGGACGCCGUCAUCAAGUAUAAGGACAGUAGUAGUGGACGGCAGCUCAGCGAAGUCUUCAUCCAGCUGCCUUCCCGCAAGGAGCUGCCGGAGUACUACGAGCUCAUCCGCAAGCCCGUCGACUUCAAGAAAAUCAAG